AAAUCAUUCCAUCAUUACGAUGUUGACAAUUUAGUUCGAUACUUAUAAACUGUACCUUCAUUGCGGAAGCUGAAAAAUGAAUUAAAACAUAAGAAUGUUAUUCUGAUAUAUUUAUGAUAACAGCUUAAUAGUUUGUUUAAAAAAUGUCUAGAUCCAUGAUACCGAGCCAACAAAAGCUGGCCGAGAAGCUGACAAUAUUGAAUGAACGUGGGCAAGGAAUGCUGACUCGAAUUUACAACAUCAAAAAGAUGUUAGGCUCCACAGAAAACAAGCCACCUUUCCUGUCAGACAAACAGUUAGAGCCAGCCUUGCGCUUCCUACUUCGCAAGUUCCCGCAGAUUGAUUCCAAAGCCGGGGCUCUUGUUCCAGUAAACAACAUCAAAACAGAGAUUGUGAAGUCACUGUCUUUGUAUUACUACACAUUUGUAGACAUUAUGGACUUUAAGGAUCAUGUGGCUGACCUUCUGACCACCAUUGAUGCUUGCCAAGUAUUCCUUGAUAUUACUAUUAACUUUGACCUCUGUAAAAACUACCUUGACCUUGUGACGACCUAUGUCUCGAUAAUGAUUCUCGUGUCGAAGGUGGAAGAUCGCAAGGCCGUUCUGUCUCUGUACAACGUUGCCCAUGAAUUCAUGCAUGGACAGGGUGACCCUUCAUUUCCUCGCCUGGGUCAGAUGAUCAUAGAUUACGAGGUUCCCAUGAAGAAGAUGUCAGAGGAAUUUGUGCCUCACUCGAGGGUAUUGAAGCCCGGACUGCUGUCCCUACACAGUAUCUACAGUGAGAAGACCAAGUCUGCUGAUCAGAUGCGAGCCAUGCAGGUGCUCAGUCUCCUGGCAGAGCCACAAAAGAUCAGUCAGGUCCCACCAACCACCACAAUCCAAUGUGACUAUUUGGCUCAAGAUGUAAUGGAGCGAUGGAUCAUCUUUGGCCUGAUGCUGUGCUACCAGAGCCUACAGGAGGCUGACAUCUACGACCUGUGGAAGACAGCCCUGCAGUCAGGCUACAUUGUACAGCUGUGUAGAGAUGAGGUGCUGCACAUUCACAGCUAUGUCCUACACUUCUUUGAGGGACUCAAGGGACAGAGCAUGAGCAAGCGAGUGUCCGAGGUGAAGGAGCUACAGCAUCAGGCCCUCCAGUCUUCUCCUGAUCUGCACAAAGAGCGAAGGAAGUUCCUGCGUACAGCUCUAAAGGAGCUGUCGCUGAUAUACACUGACCAGCCUGGGCUGCUGGGACCCAAGGCCCUAUAUGUACUUCAGGCACUGACCAUGGCCCAGAAUGAGGUUCAUUGGCUGCUGAGACACUUCCAGAACCCACCCAGCAAGCGUCACAACAUCAAGAUGAACCAAGAGGACUUCAUGGAUAGACAAAUUCCAGAAUUAUUAUUUUACAUAGAGGAACUAAAAGGUAUUGUAAAGAAGUACCACCAGGUGAUGCAGCGUUACUAUGUGCAGUACUUGUCAGGAUAUGAUGCGGUCCUGCUGAACCAACUCAUACAGAAUCUGAACAUGUGUCCGGAGGACGAGUCCAUUAUCCUGACCUCCUUCUCUACUGCUAUAUCAGCACUCACUGUAAAACAAGUGGAAGAGAAUGAGAUGUUUGAUUUUCGUGGCCUGCGAUUGGACUGGUUCAGAUUGCAGGCCUACACAAGCGUGAGUCGCGCCGCACUCAUACUGAAGGACCACCAGGACCUGGCCAAGCACCUGAACACCAUUGUGUUCCACACCAAGAUGGUGGAUGACCUUGACGAGGUCAUCAACCAAGUUUCUGACCUCUCCAUCUACUGCUUCUACACUACCCUGUUUGAGAACCAGUUCAAGCAAUGUAUGGAGUUUCCAGCUCAGCAUCGCUUCUGUGUUGUGUUCCCGAUGAUCUGUAGCCACUUUAUGAACGCCACACAUCCUCUCUGUCCAGAGGAGCGUCACUCUAUUGGCACCACCAGUGUACAAUACGCCCACUGGUUCCUGAAGGAUAUGGCCGAGGAGGUUAACCAGGUCAUCACUGCCAUCUGUGAGGAACAUUGCCAGCUCAACUACCAGCUGCUGCCUAAGCACUCUGUGCCAAAGAAGAGGCAAAGUGGCAAAGACAAGAAAAAGGGGGGAGAAGCAACUGAGACUCCGAAACCAGGGCAGGAGAGUGCGCGCAAGAACCGUGAGAACUUCAGCAGGAUGGACAAGUUGCACAUGGCCCUGACAGAGCUGUGCUGGGCCAUCAACUAUGUGAAUGUGAUUAGCGUAUGGGAACAUGGUUUUGUGCCGCGAGAGUUCUUUCAUCAGCAGCUUGAGACAAGAUUCAACAAAAUGUUCACAUUCAAAGAUGUGUUUAAGGAUCAGGCGUUGGUGGGUAUGAUGAUGUACAAUCCGGAGACCAAUGAGAUUGCUAAGCCUUCAGAACUGCUGUACAGUGUCAAGGCCAUAAUGAGUGUGCUACAGUCCAUUGAGAACUAUGUUCACAUUGACAUUGCCCGGGUGUUCAACAAUGUGUUACCACAACAGACGCAGCCCCUGGACAGCUUUAGUGGGGAGAAGACCAUCACCACCAACUAUGCCAACUGGUAUCUCGAGGUGUUGAUGCGUCGUGUGACCUGUAACGUGGGUCAGAUCAUCUACUCGCCGUGCCAGAAGGCGUUUGUUAGUCUGCAGACAGAGGGACAGCAGGUGCCCUUUGCUGCCGAGGAGUAUGCUGACCUGACAGAGUUGCGAGCCCUUGCAGAGCUGAUAGGUCCCUAUGGCAUGAAGUACAUGGGAGAGAAGCUGAUGUUUCACGUGGUCAAUCAGGUGGAGGAGCUCAAGAAACUUGUUGUAUCAAACCGAGAAGUGCUAGCUCAGCUGAGAACCAGUUUUGACCGGCCUGAUGUGAUGAGAGACCUGUUCAGGAAGCUUGUCACUAAAGAUAAACAGCAUUGUGAGAAAGAUGUGGACAGCGUGUUGAUGCGUAUGACAAUCAUUGGCGUACUUUUGUCAUUCAGGAGCCUAGCACAAGAUGCCCUAAACGAUGUUUUGGAAGAUAGGGUUCCGUUCCUCAUGGCUUCUGUCAAGGACAUCCAUCACUAUGUACCAAAAUCCAAGGAUGCAGGGCACUCCACCAUAAGAAGCAAGAUGGUGAGUGAACUGGCAUCUGCAGCAGGCCUGCCCUGCAGUAUCGACCCGAUCCUUGUACAGGUCCUGCGGAUCCAGAAGAAUGAGACUGCUGACUCCGAGUACGACAUUGCCUGCCUGCUCAUGGUGUUUGUGGCAGUGUCCAUACCCAAGCUUGCGCGGGCUGAAAACUCCUUCUUCAAGGCUUCAGUGGAAGGCCACCUGAACAACUGUCACUGCCUGGCCAAGGCUGUCAACCAGAUGGCUGGUGCCCUGUUUUACCUGCAUGGACCAGGAGACACUGAGCAGCGCUUGCAGGAGUUCCUUGCGCUUGCUUCCUCCAGUCUGUUGCGACUGGGUCAGGAGAGUGAGAAGGAAGCAGUCAGAAACCGUGAGUCUGUCUACCUGCUCCUUGACAAGAUAGUUCAAGAGUCGCCGUUCCUGACCAUGGAUCUGCUGGAGUCGUGUUUCCCGUACGCUCUGCUCAGGAAUGCCUACAACUCUGUCUACAAACAAACCGUGAAAUGAGGCAUGGGCAUAUGACAGUGCUGCCAUCUAACACAAAUUGUGUUCACUAUCAGCAAAUUAGCUUUUUAAUGCAGUAUUCACUUGUUUGUGAACAAAACUAUGUGCAAUUAUUGAUUUUGUGUGUGUGUAACAACACAGUGAGACCUGACUCCUUAGUUAGUAACAUUAAAAUAUAGAUAGGUAUAUGAUAAUUAUGCUGACCAAUAAAUAUACAGACAAAAGAACAUUUAUGAAUGUGGGGAUUGUAAAUGAUUUACAUGCAAAUAUUAAGUGAGAACUAAAUGUUUAUGCAAUUAAUAUACCUGUCUCCUGUUGAUGUUUUUGUCAGCACAGCGUCAAAUACUAUGUAAUUUAUGCUUAUCCUUAAUCCUCAUUCAGUUAAAUGCCAGUAUUUUUACUUUUGACUAGUUAAAUAUUUUGUAUGUUUGACUACUUACAAAAAAUCAGAUACUUUAUCUUUAAUGAACCAGACCCAUUUUAUUACAAAGAUUUGGUAAUUGCUUUAAUAGUAUGUUUUUUGUGUAGCAACUCUUGAACAUCCAGAGGCAGACAACUUGUUGAGUAACUUCUGACUUGUACUGAUAAAAUCUUUAGGAGUGAAACUAACAUAGCAAAACAAGUUCCAUUGAAAGUGGGCCAGCUUAUUUAUUCAACAAAAAAUAAAAAUGUCUCAUAAUGUUUUUAACGCUACAAACUAUGAAAAAAAAAUAGGAUUUAUUUCCUUUACCAUUUGUAUAUUAUAAACAUCAUUAUCUUAUAAACAAGUCAGUUAUUGUGUUGUUUGGUAAAGUUGGUGUUGUGUCACUACUGUACUGGGUCAAUGCAUAAAGUAUCGUUCCAGAUGAGCCUGUACAGUCAACAAACUGUAAUCAGGGACAACACUGUCUGCUUGAUUUUUAGCUUGAUUGUUUUCAGAGAAAACUUGAGGUAUUGUCAUAGCCAGCUCGUCGUCCAGCGUCCGCCGUAAUAAAACCUUUACAUUGGCUCUAAAAUCAAAGUGCGUCCACCUACAACUUUGAAACUUCAUAUGUAGAUGCACCUUGAUGAGUUCUACACGCCACACCCAUUUUUGGGUCACUAGGUCAAAGGUCAAGGUCACUGUGACCUCUAAAAAAAAUUCUGACAAGCUAUCAUUUAUUCAAAACUGCACCCGCAGCUGAAUGUUGGCACCCGUAAUGCAGUGCUCUUGUUUUUAUUUAAAGGUAGUCUUUUCUUAAUGAAAAUCCAGUUCAGUUGGAAUGUUUUUUCCAGAUAAGCCUGUAGGGACUGCACAGGCUUAUCAGGGGUGAUGCUUUUAUCAGAACACUGUUAAUUUACAACCUCAUAAAUCUACUUGCUGUAGCAAAUGUGUUGCUGAACUUUUUUUAUUUACACAUAGCGGUAAUGUUAAGCCGGUAAGAUUACGUAUAAAAAUACAUACUUGUAUAUGUGUGUUUACAUGUUAAAUAUUAAUUUAUACCUAGCAUUUAUCAUUUCUUAAAUGGUAGUACUGUUAAGUGAUAUUUUAUGAUAAGUACCAAUUGGGAUGGAUUAUAUUUGUGUCGUGUUCUGAGAAAACUGGGCAUAAUGCAUGUGUGUAAAGUGUCGUCCCAGAUUAGCCUGUGCAGUCCUAAGAGGCUAAUCAGGGCGACACUUUACGCUUUUAUGACAUUUUUUGUUUAAUUGAAGUCUCUUCUUAGCAAAACUGUGCGGACUGCACAGGCUAAUCUGGGACGACACUUUAUGCACAUGCAUUAUGCCCAGUUUUCUCAGAACACAACUCAUUUUAUUGCAUUGCAAUUAUUCAUGAACAAUAUUUAUGCAAGAAGUCUUUAAAGGUUGAUUGUUUCUCUUUUGUAAUAAUAAUUAUAAUGGUCAUAUUAGACUUGCCUUUGUCCUGUGAACCUGAUGUUAUUGAUUGGAACUCAAUAGGGAACAAUAUAAUAUCUUUUGACCAUUUUGUAAAAUUAAUAAUAGAAUCUCUCUGUUGUUUUGAAAUGUGAUGUUAAAAAGGAUGUAUUUUGUAAAAUAUUGCUUUCAUACCAUUGUAUUGCCAGAAGCUUUACUUACGUCUUAUUUUGUACAAUUAUGUAAUCUAUUUUAUAACCAUAAUAAAAAAAAAAGUCUA